CAACGCCCACUUUAAUCUCUACUUACAACACUCGGUGUCAUCCUGCACCUCGUAUGUCCCAAUUAUGUUGUACCCCGGAGUUGGAUGGAGGAAGGGCCCAUUGGAGCAUUCGGCGGCAUGCCGUGGGUCAGCGGGACGUGAUAUGAUCUCUGCCCAUGACUGGACGUCUUUCACUAUCGUGGUCACGUUUCCCACCAACGCAGGAGGAUUCUGCGGGCCACAUCCCGUACCCCCCGAAGGGCGGAAUGCAUGACUUCGCUCCCGAUCCGCAGUGGAGAUCAUGCAAAUUGUGGAAUCGGGAAUCGGGAUCUCAACCUCCAAUCAGAACUCCACGCUUUUCCAGCCCGCAGAGGUGUGCCACAGCACCACCCACCCCGUCGCUCCGUCAAAUGAUAUCUGUCACAGUUUAGGUCACCGCCUCCUUUCCAAGUAUGGGUCACCAAUCGCUCGCUGGGUGACUUGGCCAAAGUUGUAUUUUUUGGUCAAAAUGUGUUACAUCGACGAUGCCUCCCCUAUGCGCUGGGAUUUUACGCGCCUUUUCUAAAUGUGCCCUUCGACUCGCCUCUUGCCCUGCACUACGCUUGCAGACACAGCAUUUAUUGAUUCUGACCGGUGAGGAUUGUCAAAGCCAAGCACCACCCUGCUAGAAUUGCUCGACGUGUCAGAUGUUGGGCAGCGGCUGCCCUGCGGCAGGAUCUUCGGCUUCACCAUGGCGACUGCAAGAUCCAGCGACCCUCAUCAACAUCUACUGCUGGGUAGAGGCGCAUCAUCUCGGAGCGUCUCCGAGUGCUCUCCAUUCGCUUCGAAUCUAUUCAAUCGUCGGCGGGCGGCGGUAUGACAC